AUGUUCCUUUCAACUACUCCAAUGGUGAUGACCACCUUACUCCUUAAUAAUAUGUAUCUCACUUCCAUCCUGGGUGCGGUCCCGCCACCCGGCUUCGCGCAAAACUUAGCCGCCCAGGCAGCCCCGGAUUCAGAGCUAGCCAUUAUGCACGCUUCUGAUGUCAUGAACUCCACUGGUAUGCCGAUGAAUACCACUGCGAUGUCAGGGAACUCUUCCGAUUCGUCCCAGUUGAAUGCCGGCGGUCUCUUUCCCGGUCUCCCGAGCAUUUUCCCCAAACCCACUAACGGCUCUAGUGGGAAUCAGCCGAAGUUCCCAUUGCCCUUUCCAAACCCUUUUCCGAACGUCACGCCCUCGGUCAACCAAAGCUGCGUGGCGGGGAUAAAGAGUCUCAUCACUGCGUCCCAAGAGUCAGAAGGACAGCCUAUGAUGGCUCGGGAGAAGGUUUCUUGCUUCAAACCCUACACCAAGGUUCCGGAGGGGGAGAGUCUGGUCGUGGCUUCGGUUGAUGCGGCCACCAAUGUCACUGCUAGCCUCGCUCAGCUGGUCCAAGAUGUUUCCGGCAAGGGCAUUACGGCUGCCAUCCCGGUUAUCAUUUCCGAUUUGAGGACCUUGACUGCCGUCGUAGCCACUGGAGUAGCCCACAUCGCGCUCGCCACCGUCAAAGGCGUUUUCACUUCUUACAGCAUUGUUUACGUAUUACAAGGAUUCGUCACGGCCGGCCAAAGCGUGACAGACGCUUUGAUUGGACAAAAAGGCUUCUUCGCCCAAUUCCAAGCGCUUACGCCCAUCCGAAACGCCCUCUUGUCUUUCAAAUCCGUCGUCGAUAAAUUUAUUUUGCUCCUUAUCCACAUGAUCCCCACCAACAAGUUCACCAUGGCCGCUGACUUGCACCAACAAAUGAGCAACUCGAUGGACAAGGCCAUCAGCACGUUCGACGAACGUGAUCAAAACGAAUAA